GGAGUUUCCGGAUCCGGGGCAGCCAACAACCGCCGUUCAGUGCCGCGUGCGCAGUCGCUGUGACCGUUGCCCCGGCAGCUCCGCUCUCGCCAUGAAGAUCACGCGGCAGAAACACGCUAAGAAACAUAUGAGCUUCUACAAGAACAACUUCGGCUUCCGGGAGCCCUUCCAGGUGCUGCUGGACGGGACUUUCUGCCAGGCCGCGCUGCGUAACAAGAUCCAGAUCCGCGACCAGCUGCCCGGCUACCUGGCUGGGGCCACGCAGCUCUGCACCACCCGAUGUGUUUUAAAAGAAUUGGAGUCAUUGGGGAAGGAACUUUAUGGAGCAAAGCUAAUUGCCCAAAGAUUUCAAGUUCGAAACUGUUCCCACUUCAAAGAUCCAGUGGGUGGCUCAGCAUGUCUAUUGUCCAUGACUGAAGAGGGUAAUCCUCAUCACUAUUUCAUUGCUACGCAGGACCAGGAUUUGGCAACAAAAGUGAAGAAAAAGGCUGGAGUUCCUCUUCUCUUUAUUAUUCAGAACACUAUGGUGCUGGACAAACCUUCUCCGAAAUCACUGGUAUUUGUUCAAGCCAUGCAGGCAAAUCAGCUUGUUCCAGAGCACCAGAAACAAAGUAUUGAGCAUCUUAAAGAAGAACAGGGACUAGUAAAGGAGUCUGAAAACAGAAGAAAACGUAAGAGGGCAGGUGGCCCCAAUCCUCUCAGCUGCCUGAAGAAAAAGAAAAAGGUGCAGGAGACCCAACAGCCUUCCGCUACUAAGAAGAAACGAAAAAGAAAACGAAACCGAGCUAAAUCAGAAGCAAAGGCAGUGUCUGUGCACCUCAGUGUGAAAGCAUAAAGCUGCCCAUAUAAACUGUACUGGACCUGAAUACAGCUUGAACUUUGUGCAAAGAAAAAAAAAAUUCUUACAAUUCUAAUAUGAAAAUAAGUGUUUAUUUUUAUGAAAUAUUAUAUUCUUCAUUGUAACUUUCACCACCUUUGUAUAUUUAUAUCAUCCCAAUAAUAUACCUUGCUCUUUAUUAAUCAGAUAAUUACAAAACAUUUUUCCCCCACUAUAACCACAAGUCUGCCCUCACUGAGAAAUUGGAGAGCUGUUAUGUUGCAAAAUCUGGUAUCUGGAGUGCCCCAAGUAGUGGGACUUUUAUUAUUAUAUAUUAUUUCUCUGUGCACACAACUGCCCUCACAUGUACAAAUUGUGUGUAUAUUAUUCCUGGCCCUGCCUUAGUUGGGAUCAUAAGGAGGAAGUGUAAAUGAGUUUUAUAAAUUUUCCUGUAAGGUGUUACAACAGGAUCUCCUCAAACUGCAUCAGACCAUGCCUGGAUUUCCCACUCUCAUGUAAGCCAAUGUUCAAUUUCCAGGCCUGUGCGUCAGUAAAGGUUCUUCUAAUGUCAGUA